AUGGCUUUUCAAGCGGCAAAGCGCGAUCUGCGCAAGAGGAUGCGCUCAGUGUUAUCAACACUGUCUCCUGUUUCUAUAAAUCAACAAUCUAGUGCUGCGACAAACAAGUUCCUUGCGCUGGCCGAAUACCAGAGCGCCAAGAGCAUCGCUGUAUACUUGUCGAUGCCUAGUGGAGAGCUUUCUACAACGAGAAUCGUGCGCGAUGCCUUGCAAAGUGGUAAGAAGGUUUACAUCCCAUAUAUCUACACCAAGGACACAACAUCGGUGAUGGAUAUGCUUGCGCUCGGAUCCAUCACGGAAUUUGAGUCAUUGCAACCCGACAAAUGGGGAAUCCCUUCACUUCAAGCUACACAGAUUGAAGGUCGUGCGAAUGGUUUAGCACAGGGCUUGGAUCUGAUUGUGAUGCCGGGCAUGGCCUUUGACCGCGGGUUCCGACGUCUCGGUCAUGGCAAAGGAUAUUAUGAUCAUUUUUUAACGCAAUACUCGAAACAGGCCAGCAAAAUGCCAUUCCUGGUUGCCCUAUCUCUCCAAGACCAAUUGCUCUCUGAGGAGAUUCCCGUGGUGGAGCAUGACUGGCUGGUCGAUGCGAUCGUCGUCGGAGAUGGUGAAUGCUUGGAUCGCAGGGUGUGCAAAUAG